AGCGAGAACGGGGAUUGACCUCCGCCCCCGCAACGCAGAGGCCAAAUACGCCGCGGCACGCGUCGCCAUGCCGCCCCAGUUCCCCACCGCCCGCCUCCUCACCAGGCAGCUCCCGCUCCCGCACCGCCUCCCCCCGCCUCUCCCCUUCGCACCCCUGCCCCCGGCCCCUCGCGCCCUCCGCCGCCUCCCCCCGCCGCUUCUCCCGCGAGGCGCGUGCCGCGCCCGCCGGCCCCUGCUCCGCGGCAUGGCCUCCGCCGCCCCUGGGUCCCCCCCCACCGCCGCGGAGGCGCCGCCGCCCACCGGGACCGCCCCGCGACGGGUCGCGCUGGAGGAGCUCCCCUGGGACCACUCCUUCGUCCGCGAGCUACCAGGCGACCCGCGAUCCGACGCCAUCCCGCGGGAGGUCCUCCGCUCCUGUUACUCCAAGGUGUCUCCCUCGGCCAAAGUGGACAACCCCAAGCUGGUGGCGUGGUCAGACUCCGUCGCUGACUUGCUCGAUCUGGACCACAAAGAGUUUGAAAGGCCUGAAUUUCCUCAGUUUUUCUCGGGAGCAACUCCACUGGUUGGAAGUUCGCCCUACGCUCAGUGCUAUGGAGGACAUCAGUUUGGUGUAUGGGCUGGUCAGUUGGGAGAUGGAAGAGCGAUAACUCUUGGAGAGGUUGUCAACUCUCGAGGUGAGAGAUGGGAGUUGCAGCUCAAGGGUUGUGGAAAGACUCCAUACAGCAGAUUUGCGGAUGGUCUUGCUGUCCUACGCAGUAGCAUCCGUGAAUUCUUGUGCAGCGAAGCUAUGCACGGUCUAGGCAUUCCUACAACUCGUGCUCUCUGUCUAGUUGAAACUGGCAAAUCAGUUGUCCGAGAUAUGUUCUAUGAUGGCAAUGCAAAAGAAGAGCCAGGCGCAAUUGUUUGUCGUGUAGCGCCAUCCUUUUUACGUUUUGGUUCAUACCAGAUACAUGCUACGAGAGGCAAAGAGGAUCUUGAAAUUGUUCGUCGUUUGGCAGACUACACGAUACGUCAUCACUAUCCGCAUCUUGAAAAUAUGAAGAAGAGUGAAGGUUUAUCGUUUGAAGCAGCUAUAGGGGAUUCUCCAGCAAUUGAUCUUACAUCUAACAAAUAUGCAGCUUGGGCAGUUGAGGUUGCAGAGAGAACUGCUUACUUGAUAGCCAGAUGGCAGGGUGUUGGCUUCACCCAUGGUGUACUCAACACUGACAAUAUGAGCGUGCUGGGCCUAACUAUUGAUUACGGACCAUUUGGCUUUCUGGAUGCCUUUGAUCCUAGCUAUACUCCAAAUACCACUGACCUUCCUGGGAAGAGGUACUGUUUUGCAAAUCAACCUGAUGUUGGUUUGUGGAAUAUUGCACAGUUUACUGGACCAUUGUCAUCUGCAGAACUUAUCAGCCAAGACGAGGCAAAUUAUGUAAUGGAAAGGUAUGGGACAAAGUUCAUGGAUGAGUAUCAGUCUAUCAUGACAAAAAAACUGGGCCUAACCAAGUAUAAUAAGCAGCUAAUCAGUAAGCUGCUUAACAACUUGGCUGUUGAUAAGGUUGACUACACCAACUUUUUCCGUCUUCUUUCAAAUGUCAAAGCAGAUCCUGGCAUUCCGGAGAGUGAGCUGCUUGUUCCACUGAAGGCUGCUCUCCUGGAUAUUGGGAAAGAAAGAAAGGAUGCAUGGAUUAGUUGGGUGCAGACUUAUAUUGAAGAGCUGGUGGAGAGUGGCAUUCCUGAUGAAGAAAGGAAAGCUGCUAUGAACUCUGUCAAUCCGAAGUAUAUUCUUCGUAACUAUCUCUGCCAAUCAGCGAUCGAUGUGGCUGAGCAAGGUGAUUAUGAGGAGGUUCGCCGGCUGCUGAAAGUAAUGCAACAUCCAUAUGAUGAACAGCCGGGAAUGGAGAAGUAUGCAAGGUUGCCACCAGCCUGGGCAUACAGACCUGGAGUGUGCAUGCUGUCCUGCUCCUCGUGAACCCAGCAUAAACGGGCCGUAGACAUUAUCAAAUGCGACGGUGUUUUAUGACCUUUUUCCUGUAUAGGGGGCAGUUCAGCUUUGUGCUACAACGCGUAAUGCAUCGCGUGGUAUUUCUACGGGUGAUGCAAGUGUGUAAGAAGCUUAGUUGUAAGUUUUGCACAAUUUGGGGGUGUUUGGAUACGAGGUGUUAAACUUUAACAGUGUCACAUCGAAUGUUCGGAUGCUAA